AUGGCUUCCCGGCUUAUCUGGAUGAGUUCUGAAGCCGAGAUGGAUGUUCAGGCGGCUUGUUCGAUUAUCUGGCUCUAUCAGAUACGCGUGUAUCAAGUCUAUUCAAAGGAGAGCAUAGAUGCCACUGGCCCGUUCAAUAUCUUCCUGGACACUCUGGUAGGCUCCAACUCUCAAUUCGCUUCAUGGAUCGCUGCGUUGGCCAGGACAGCUCGUACUUGCGGUGGAGUACCGCUGAGCAACGUCAUUUCACCCUCUUGCGGCCAAGUUGAAGGCGAUGGCCCUAAAUCAUACCAGGAAAGACAAUGUCAAGAGUGGAUUAAGUUGGCAUUACAGGGUGUUAGUGUCCUGAUUGCAUCAGGAGACUCCGGAGUUGCAAAUAUGGUUGAUGGAAACAACCAAUGUCUCGAUGCCAGUGGCAAAGUGAUAGCAGCGGGAAUGGCAAGCGUUUCUCUCCCGGAUUUCCCUCAAACUGUCCCUAUGUCACGGUUGUCGGCGCAACAACACUACGCGAUGGAACCAUAGCCAGCGGAGAAAUGGCAGUCACAGGUAUCAUUGGC